CUGCACGAUCUGUUCCGAAGUUCCUUUCUAGCGAAGCCUGAAGGGCUCGAGCUUGCGCUUUGGUUCUUUUUCAGAGCAUACCGAUCUGAUGGGGGGCAAGAACAAGAAGAAGGCGCGGAAUGGGGGCCCAUCAGCCAGCGAGGGCGCCAACCAUGACGUGACCAGCCCUCCCCAAUCACCGGAAUCCGCUGAAACUCUGGCAAGCUCAAAAACGGUGGAAAGUCCAGAAGGUGCUACUGCAGCAAAGAAACCCGAUCCUGCAACAGGGAUUGAGGGCGCGGUGAUCGAGAAACCCUUAGGGCAAAGCGGGAAUGCUAAGGAGGGCAAUGGCAAAAGCAAAAAGGUCCAGGACGAUCUUCGGAAUCUGAAAUCAAAUGGGGCCGUGGACAUGAGUGAGGAAGAUGCUGCGGAUGGUGAUCCAUCAAUAGAGCAAGUCCUUUCUGCUGUCCAGUCAGAGAAGAAGAGUCUGGCAGACAAGCUGGCAAUCCUAGAAAAGGAGCUCCAGGGCAGCAGGGAUGGGGCUAAUGCAGCUGCCGAAAAGUCUCGAGCGGCAGCAACGAAGGAAGUUGCUUCUUUGAAGUCGCUUCAAGGAGAGCUUCAGCGCCAGAUAGAAGAGCUGCAAGCGAGUACAAAGUUCCUGCAAGCGGAAAAGGCUGCCGCAGAGAAGGCUCGGCAGGGCCUGGAGGGGGGCAAGAAGGCGGCGGAUGAGAAAGUGAAGGAUCUGGAGAAACGAGUGGAGGACGCUCAGAAGUCCAAAGAGGCCGCGGAAAAGAAGGCCAAAACGCAAGCAGAGGAGAAGGUCAAGCUGGACAAGAAGAUCGAGGAAGCCAACGGCAAGUUGAAAUCUUUGGAGGAGUCACUCGCCAAGACCAAGUCGAGCCUCACAGCUGCAGAGGCCUCGAAAGCCAAAGCAGAAGAGAAGCUGACUACUGAGAAGAAGGCCCUGGAAGGCAAGUUGGCCGGGCUGCAGAAGGCCCGGGAGGAGGCCGAUUCUAAAACGGCGCAGGCGAAGAAGAAGAACGAUGACCUCGCGGCAAAGGUAGCGGCGCUCGAGGAGGAGAAAGCCGCGACCGACGCUGACGUCAGCAAGCUCGCGAGGGAGAAGGGCGACCUGGACCUGUGGUGCGCGUCGCUGCAGCGGCGCUCAGAGGAGCUCCAGAAGCGGUCGGAACAGCUGGAGGCCAGUCUGCGGACGACGGAGGAGAGGCUUGGCAAAGCGGAGGAGCAGAUCAAGACGUAUGCGGAGACGCUGGCCGAAUUCGAGAGGCGCGUGGGGGAUCUGGAUGGCAGGAUCGACGUGCUGAGGAAGGAGAAGGAGGAACUAGAGGCGAGAGGGAAGGCGCAGAAAGGGGAGGCGGAAGCACUGGCGGAGGCGAAAGGAGAGCUUGAAAAGAAGGUGAGAGCGUUGGAAGGGGAGAAAGCGGCGCUUGAGAAGGAGAAAGCGGCGCUUGGAAAAGAAAAAGGGGCGGCUGAGACGAAGGCCAAGGGGUUGGAAUCCGAGAAGCAGAAGGUGGAGACACUUUCCAAGCAGAAAGAGGGGUUGGAAAAGAAAGCGGGCGCUUUGGAAGGAGAAAAGGCGGCGCUCGCGAAAGAGAAGGGCGCGCUCGAGGCCGCAAAGCAGAAGCUAGAGAGGGAGGCGCAGACGCUGAACAAGCUGAAGGAAGCACUGGAGGGGCGAGUAAAAGCGGUGGAGAAAGAAAAAGCGGCGUUUGAGAAGGCAGCAGGGGAACGAGAGAAAGCUGCAGGAGAUAAGGCAAAGGCGCUUAAUGCGGAGAAGCAAAAGCUGGCGAAGGAUCUGAGCGUCAAAAGUGCUGAAGCGGAGAAGCUGCGGGCAGUGCAAGGGGAGUCGGAAACGGCGAAAGAAGCGCUUCGGACGGAUCUGCUGAAGUUGCGGGAGGAGAGUGCGGCGAGGUUGACAGCGGCAGAGGGAAAAGCGGGAGACGCUGCGGCGAGGGCGAAAAAAGAGAGGGAGGCACUGGAGGUGCAAUUGCAGAAAAAGGAGGAAGAACUAGGCGCGGCGCUGCGUGCGGCCGAUGGCCUCAAAAAAGAAAGCCGCGAGUGGGCUGAGGAGAAGCUAGAUUUACUGCGAUCGCUGACGGAAGUGCGCAGCAAGGAGAGCGGCCUGGCACGGGAACUAGAGAGAACCAAGGAGGUGGUGCGGUCUCAGAUUGCGAACCGAAAUGCGUUCCUAGAGUCGAGUUGGUCACUGCCAGUACUGGCUGGGUCGAGUGCACUUGCGGGCAGUGUGGCAAUGCUGGGGGCGCUAUACUGGUUGCGUGCAUCCAGAUCAUCAUAAACUCAGUCUAUAUACACGUUUUCAGCGGAUCAAAUUCUCAGUUGAAAGGCCAGUAUCGUCGAUCGAGGAUUAGUGAAAGUAGCAUAUGCAGAAUCUUUGAAGUUCGUGCACAUAGGAAAGUCCGCAAGAGCUUAGAUAUAGCAGGGCACUACGGUAUGUACUUGGAGGCUGUUUCCGGAAAGAGAAGGGAGUAGGAGGGCUGGAUGGACCUAAAAAGUUGGACGCCUUUUACUUUUCAAGUGAAGGAUGCCCUACUUUUUGAGUUUUCUGGUCGGACCGUCUCUUUGUUCAGGCUAGGACUCCUUCUUUGCUGAGAGUUACGAGCUGUCAUAACGAGUUGCUCUCAUCAAUUAAAAAUAUAGCGGACUCCAG